UCAAUGAACUCAGCUAAAUAAACUGGUUGGGCAAUCAAAGUUGGGAUUGAAUCUAGGUUACACUGUCACUUUGCGUACUAGACUGGCAACUGGAAGUAACCACAACAAGGAGGAUUUACCGGGACCCGUCUGAUUACCUUUAACUCUAUCUGGUAUAGAGUGCGUUUUGCAACUUUUUUGUUUUUGUUCCGAGUCUGAAACCUUUGGAUACAAGAAAAAAAUUAAUAAUUAAAUAACUAAAGGCAGGGAGAGCAAGCGAGCGAGCUAGGAGGAGAACAGUUCUGUGACAGAGGCGACUGAAAAUUUAGGAAUGAUCUUUGCAAAUACAGUGAAUCCCGUGAGGACGACGUAUCGCAAGCAGCAGCCUGUCGCUCCUGCCACACACCCAAUGGCACCCCCCAGUCCGAGUACUAACAGUAGUACGAACAACAGUAGUAGCAGCAGCAAUGCAGGAUGGGAACAGCUCAGCAAAACCAACCUUUACAUCCGUGGACUGCCACCCGCCACCACUGACCAGGACCUGGUGAAACUCUGCCAACCGUACGGCAAAAUUGUGUCCACGAAGGCCAUCCUGGACAAGACGACAAACAAAUGCAAAGGUUAUGGUUUUGUGGACUUUGACAACCCAACUGCUGCUCAGAAGGCUGUUUCAGCUUUAAAAGCUAAUGGAGUUCAAGCUCAGAUGGCAAAACAACAAGAGCAAGACCCAACAAAUCUGUAUAUUUCCAACUUGCCUCUGUCAAUGGAUGAACAAGAAUUAGAAAAUAUGCUAAAACCUUUCGGGCAGGUCAUCUCCACAAGAAUACUACGUGACUGCAAUGGUUCAAGCCGAGGAGUUGGCUUUGCAAGAAUGGAGUCAACAGAGAAGUGCGAAGCUGUCAUUUCACAUUUCAAUGGAAAAUUCAUCAAGAUGCCAUCCGGAGUCCUUGCACCCACAGAGCCUUUAUUAUGCAAGUUUGCAGAUGGAGGACAAAAAAAGAGGCAAAAUCAGAACAAAUAUGUUCAGAAUGGCAGAGCUUGGCCGAGAGAAGGCGAGGUGAGACUUGCUGGCAUGACUCUGACCUAUGAUCCCACUACAGCUGCUAUGCAAAAUGGUUUUUAUCCUCCCUACACUAUUCCAAACAGAAUGAUCGCUCAGACAUCUAUCACACCUUAUAUAUCACCUGUGUCCACGUAUCAGGUGCAGAGCCCUUCCUGGAUGCCUCAUCAGCCUUACAUCAUGCAGCAUCCUGGAGCUGUCAUUUCACCUCCUAUGGACCAUACAAUGUCUUUACAGCCCACCUCGAUGCUGAGUCCGCUAACGCAGCAAAUGAGUCACCUCUCGCUGGGCAGCACAGGAACUUUCAUGCCUGCAACUACAGCUAUGCAGGGAGCCUUCAUUCCCCAGUAUACACACAUACAGACCACUUCUGUGCAAGUCGAGGAAAACAGCGGCCAGCAACAAGUCGAUUCGUCCAGUGAUCAUUCUCCUUACACGUAUCAGCAAACCAAGUAACAUUCGGGCGUGAGCUGGGUGAUUACCAAGGUGAGGAAGCAGUUGAAGAAGACAAAGAAGAAGAAGAAGAAAAAAUUAAAAGAGCAAGUGUGAAAAGACUGAAACAAUCAUGGCUUCUUUUGAUAGAUUGUGCUUUAAGAAUUUCUCUAUAUUUUGCACAAAUUCCACAAAGAUUUAAUUUUGUUUAUAAUAAAAAAAAAAAACAACUGAAACAGACUAUUUUUGGUAUAAGUUCUAUGAGGUGCAUAAAAAGUGCUUACUUUCAUCAAAAAGGAUGCUAAUUCUCUAAAAAAAAAAAAAAAAAAAAAAAAAAAAAAAAAUAGGUUUAUUUUAAUAAGAAAGUUUAUUUUUACCAAGCGUUGUCACAUUGACACAAGGCCUCUCUCUGUGUGUGGAGAGGAUCAUGUGACAGAACAAGGUGCAUGACAAAACAGAUUUUGUUUUUCUUUUUUUUGUUAAUAUUUUUUAUUUCUUGACUUGUGUUGAUUUUUUUAUAUUGUAUUGAGAUAGAGUUUUUUGGUUCCUCGAUUUAAGUAGCCAAACCUUUUUUAAAUGGUGUUCUGUGCUUGCUGUGUGAGUGUUUCUCUGGUGAAGUGUUGCAAGUCCUUUCUCGUUUGGUGGUCGUCUUUUUGUUGUUGUUUUUUGGUGUAGAUUUGAUCCGUCUUAUUCAAUUUGCCUUAAAUUUGUUUCACACAGCUGUAUAGAUGACUAUUGAGGUUAAGUAAGCAAGAAUACUUUAAACUGAAAUGCCUUGUAAAUGAGCAACAUAGGGCUUUUUUAGGAAUAGUUAAUUAAAUCUGCUAAAACAAUUAGGUGUUUUUACUGAUGUUUUUUUCCCACUGAUCUCUGCUGAAUACUAAUCAAAAGUAGUACUUUUAGAGUAGGUAAAAAGUUUUUGAGUGGAAAAAGUAAAUAAAUAAAUACAUUUUCUGAAUGUUUUCUGAUCCAGAGGAAAUUUUAAUAGGAUGCAAUGUUUGUAAGAUCAGAAGGCUGGGUGUUUGAAUGUGUUAGACAUUAUGCUGAAUUAUUCAAUUUAACAAAGAUGCGUUUUUUAAAAUCUUGAUGUUGUAGUUUAGCCUAAAAUGAAAUAGGAAGGGGGACGGGGGUGUUUUUCAUUUGUUUUUAUUUUCAUUUUUUAUUUCUUUUUUUUUUUUUUAAAUUCAAAUAGAUUUAUGAUUGUGAAACAGCUAGCAAGCAUAAAUCAUGCCGACUACGCUAAAAGUGGCAAGAGUUUUUAUUGUUUUUUUGUUUUUGUUUUUUUUUUUUGGUUCAAGAAAGGCUGAGGGAGAGACGAACACAUAGAUAACUAGCUCCUUUUUAAGGAAAAAAAACAAACAAAAAAGAUGGCACUUUCUAAUUGAUCACUUCACCAAAGACCUGUGAGCUAGCAAGGAGGUGAGAAGCAGGCGGGUUUCCUCUCGGCCGUUACAUUUUAGGUAAUCUUUUGAACUUUUUUGUUUUGUUGUUUUUUUGUUUUUGCCGGACGAGUUUGCUGUUAGGAGAAUGUGCCUUUUUUUGUACAUUUGCAGUUAGUGUUUUCUAGUGUUAUUGAUGUAUGGACACAAAAAAGCAUGAAGGAAGAUUGGGAUCCAAGUAGUGCCACAAUCACUACAUCACUACAGAAAAUGCAAUACAAAAAGGAAGAGAAACAAUUUGAAACUAUGAAAUUAUUACACAACAAGGAGGAUCUGCAUUAUACAUUAUGGAACAACCUCUGUUUUUUAUUUAGUAGCUUUUGUAUUUUAAUCAUAAUAGCGUAAACAAUUUAAUGCGUUAAGUUGUCUUCCAAAAGACUGUGUUUUUACCUGGUCAGCAGAAAUUGAUCAGUUAUCUACCUCAGAGUUUUAUUUCUCUAUUGUGUUGGGACGAGUUUGCUGGCCUCCUCGUCUCCACAGACCAAACUCUCUCGGCUCAGGAGCUGAAGAUAAACAGGAUUACUCUUUCUUCCAGUAGAUAUUUUACUUUUUUGAUGGAAUAUUGUGUGUAGGCUUGUUUUAGCUGUGUUCAGACGUUUGGUUUCAUAGUUUCAAAAGUAAGUGCUGCUUUCACAGAUAGAGUCCAGUAGUUGAUGAAUUUCUCCAAGGGAAAAACAGAAAGAAAGGAAUAAAAA